AUGAAUAAUAGUAACGGGUUAAACCACAACAAUAAGAUUAUGGAAGAGUAUUUAAUGGAAGUUCCUCAGGUACUUGAAGUCAAUACCGAACUAGUCAUGAAGAGUAAACACAUACUGUUGGCUAGUUUGAUACUAGCUCAGCUGAUUUAUGUCAACUGCUUCGCAUGGGCCGUAGUGGGAAUCGCUACAUCAGCUCUUGGCACAAUUAUCAACAUCAUUGAAAAAACUAAAGUGUGGACUGUGGAAGUACAUAACAAUGGCAAACAUCACGCUCAUAUGUGGUGUGCUUCUAAGGACGAUAAAAUCGGAGGAAAUAACGGCAUCUGGGUGAAACCGGGAGACAAGAUCAUGUGGUCGUUCCGAAGACAUCGAACAACUCAGUUCUGGUGCAAUAUGGACUGGUAUGGACAGCGAGUGGGAUGGGAUGUGUUUGUUAACAACUGGAGAGAUGCACCAAACCCAACGAAAUGGUCCAUAAGGAAUGAUGGUGUUUAUGAUCAAUGGAAGAAUAGGAAGUGGAGAAAGUUAAGAAGUUAA